AAUGGGGACUCAUUAAUGGGACAGCGCCGGCCGUGGCUCGUGGUUUGGGGGCUGCCAGCGGGUCUUGAAGGAAAGGCUUUUGUAAGGUGUGUGAGAAAGCAAAGCAAAUCACCCGCCCGCUCCAACUUGCCCACCAGUCCCCUUGCCUUGUGCACCUCCUCCGCUUGGCUGUUCCUGAGUGGCAUCUUUUAGAAUACGCUAGUGUGGGCGCGCACAGCGCUUCGCUGAGUUCUGUGAGUAGUUCUGCCAUAUUAUUGAACUUGAGGAGGGUGUGGGCCCCUGGUUUGUAGACAGGUGUUCAGAAAUGAAGACGGGUGUCCAGAGGCAGGCACUGGCGUUUGCAGCGGGGGCAGCUGCGGGAAGAGCGCUGAGCUUGUGGGGUCUGCGCUGACUCCGGGUGGUGUCGUUAGUGAGUUGUUGGACAGCCCGCUGGGGUCGGAGCAUUGACUGGUGUUGAGCAAACUCCUCACGUUUCCUGUCAGAAGAAAGACAUGGCUGAGCCUGGGCUGGAGGGAGUCGCAGGUGUCCGCGGGAGACCAGCCAGGUUCUGCACAUGCACUGCCCUGCUGCGCACUGUCCUUUUCCUCCAGGUCUCCUCCCGGGGAGAGAGGGGACUGAGAACUUGGAGGAAAGGAGUUCUGAGAAACAUCCCUUCCCCGCACCCUGCUGCCAACCCCCACCCAAUGCUAACCCACUCCUGAGCCCGCCCAUUGGGCAUUCGCACGGCCACGCUUGCCCCAGGACAGGGUUCUACACUCAGGAAUUGUGCCCAUGGCAGCUUUGCUCCUAGAUUUUUCUCCCAAGAACACACACAGUGCCCAGAAGACUCCUGGUUCAUUUUAACCCCAGAUCUGUAGCAGGAAUCUGUUUUCUUCACCCACCCAGGCUUCUGGACCACCUGAUCCUAAUCUACUCUGCCUUUAUGGACUCAGGAAUCAGUCAGAGCUUAGCCCUGCCUGGGCCUGAACUUGUAGCACAAACCAGUCCUUUCGUCAAUCCUGCCUUGCGCCCACCCAGGGCUCUUGAUAGCACCUUUCUUCUGCUCGUUUCUUCCCCACAAAUUCUCUUUCCUGUGCACACAGUUUGCUCAAGUGCAUCCCUCAUGUGCUACAAGAAUUCAGACGUUAGUGAGUUCAAGACCAUGCCUUUAGACCUGCCUGUUGUAGGACCAAAUACAAAUCAGAAGAGGCUUAAUGCUUUCUCUUUAGAAUGAGGGAAGAAUUUUUGCUCUUCUCCCUUAAAGCGUUUAGUUUGAAAACUUUUAUAUUUAAAUAUUUUCUCUGUUUCUUUGAAAUAUAUAUAACUCAUUUUAAUCUGUUAACUAGGUGAUUUGUCUUUUUUGACUCAAAAAUUGUCUUUAGGACAUGGAAACUAUUGCUUUGAAAUGUGCAUAGCAAGAAUAUAUAACCUAUUCCGCAAUUUCUGUAGGAGAGUAGGAGGCUGCCUUCAGCAGGUACCUGCCUUCACAUAUCAAAUCUACCUCCUGUCCUGAAGCUGUGGGAAGUUUAUUUUCCCUUUGAAUAUUACCAAUUAGAAAACCCAGAUGACCUCCCAAAUUACUAGGUGAAAGUGUAAUAAACUGUGUAUGAUACAUGGUACUGUCAAGUCUUCUACUUGAGAGCUAAUUAUGGUGACUUUCUUUGUUUUGGCAGUGUCUUAGUAGACUGCCUGUAAUGCACACCACAUUUUGUUUAAUUCUCUAACAACACAUUUUCUUGCUGUUCUCAGUCACAACCCACAGUCGUGCGGAAAAGUGCACGAAGUGCAGCAAAGUGCUCCCCAAAGCUGCAAACAAAAUGAUCUCUCUAUUUGGGAUCUACAAUCCCUUCUAUAGCAGUUUGACUAGAUUUCUACAAAAAUGACUUUUUAGGAUAGCGAUCAGUUUUUCCACCUCUUUCAGUGCGCCAGUGAUCUUCAGAUCUGACACUGAUUCAGAAAUCAUGGGGCCCAUAAAUCCAGUGAGGUUCACACAUGUGCAUUGAUUAAACCUGAGAACUUCAAUUCUCUCCCUUCUCCCCUUGCCCAAAUGCCCACAAAUGUGCUUACCAGCCCUCCAAGUCUUAAAUGUGCAGUUCCAAAUUCUGAGUUUAUGUCCUGGGAUUUGAGAGAAGAACAGAACUUUUGUUUGAGAAAUACAAGUUCUUUUAAUUAUGAGACCAAGUGAUGUGUUAAAAUGAGACCACAGUCCUACUGUUCCCGUCUUUGAACUGUUUGUCUUUUGAAGUUGUUUGCUAUUGCCACAAGUGGAUAUAAGUUAACCUAAUAAUGCCAUACUGGACACUAUAACCCACACCUUAUAGCUUAACAACGUAUAUAGCCAAUCACUAACCAAUGUUACUUCUAUAAACCAAUAAGAAUUUCUGACAGCUUUCUAUCAGUUCCCUCUGCCUUUCUUUUUGCCUUUAAAAAUAUACUUGUAACUGCUUCUAACUGGAGUGUAUAUUCAGGGCAGCUUUAUAGUCCAGGGUUGCAAUCUUCAAGCUUUGGCCCAAAUAAACUCUCUUCUUAUAUUAUGUUUACCCCAGCUUUUUCCUUUUAGGUCAAAAAAAAUUUUUUCUUUUGAGACAGAAUCUCACUCUGUCGCCAGGCUGGGAUGCAGUGGUGCGAUCUCGGCUCACUGCAACCUCCGCCUCCCAGGUUCAAGCAAUUCUCCUGCCUCCGAGUAGCUGGGAUUACAGGUGCACGCCACCAGGCCCAGCUGAUUUUUUAUAUUUUGUGGUAGAGAUGGGGUUUCACCAUAUUGGCCAGGCUGGUCUUGAACUCCUGACCUUGUGAUCCACCCGCCUCAGCCUCCCAAAGUGCUGGGAUUACAGGUGUGAGCCACCGUGCCCAGCCUGUUUUGUGAAUUUUGAUGCCAUUAUGUGAAUGGCUAUUCAUUGACAGAAGAGAAGUUGUUAUUAUUUGUAUUGUGUUUACCUUGCUAAGAAUAAAUAUUUAGCUUCUAAUAUAAUUGUUCUAGAGAAACAUAAGGGUUUUGGUUAAAUUCCUUGUUACUGUAUGUUAUACAAAAGACAGAGAAGUGGCUAAAAUAGAUUAAAAUUUCACAAAUUCUGGGAAUCAAAUUUCUCUUGGGCAGGCUUAGAAAAGACAAAACCGAAAGUACUUAGUGACAUAGAGAGCAGAAGCCUAGGGCCCACUUUCUGUCCCAUCCCUGCCCAGAUCUACCCUCUUCUGAUCCUUGUCCAGGUCUGAGCCAACACUGAAAUCUCUCACAGAACUGAUUAAUAGAGGAGAUCAGAGUUUAGGGUGGCUACUCCAAUUUCCUCUCCAGAGCUGGUGCCCACAAUUUCCUGAAACCCAAAAGCCAAUAAAUAGGGAAAAGCUAUAUACUUUGGGGCCUUAAAUCUUUUCUAUAAAAUUAAAACUAAUGUUUCUAGAGACAUCCCACCCAGCAACCUGUUCUCUAUCCCUGCAGUUUCAGUGGCUUUUUCUUACAAGUCUCAAAGUAAAUACAAACACAAAAAUAAAAAAAUUCCUCUGAAUUGUACUUAACACUUUCUUUGGCUCUCUCCCAUCUAUUUAUAUUUAGCUAUUAUUCUAUACAUUUUUAAAAAAAAGUCAGGGGAAACAAAAAGGAAAUGGAAAUUCUGGGCCCUGCCUUUAAAUCUGGGAAGUAUGGGACACCUAGUGUCUACCUCCCAGGAUGUUAUGAGAAUUAACACACAUAAUGUGAGCUUCCCAUCACAGUGCUCUGUGACAUACAUCUGAGCACAUAUUACAUGCCCCAUAAAGAUGGCAUUAAUGCAGAUGCACAUGUUGUUUUUCAGAUACAGACUUACUCAGACAUUGCCACCAUCUCCGACUUCUGUAACCUUAUAGGGUCUGCAGAGAAUGCCAUGUUUCAAGAUGAUGAUUGGUGGUCUUGGGAUGAAAAGUAUUUGUGUUGUGGUAACGGUGUUGGGGAACUCUUAACAUUCAGGGAUGUGGCCAUAGAAUUCUCUCCAGAAGAGUGGAAAUGCCUGGACCCUGACCAGCAGAAUUUGUAUAGAGAUGUGAUGUUGGAGAACUACAGGAACCUGGUCUCCCUGGGUGUUGCUAUCUCUAACCCAGACCUGGUCACCUGUCUGGAGCAAAGAAAAGAGCCCUACAAUGUGAAGAUACAUAAGAUCGUAGCCAGACCCCCAGCUGUGUGUUCUCAUUCCACCCAAGACCAUUGGCCAGUGCAGGGCAUAGAAGAUUCAUUCCACAAACUUAUACUGAGAAGAUAUGAGAAAUGUGGACAUGAUAAUUUACAAUUAAGAAAAGGCUGUAAAAGUUUGAAUGAGUGUAGGUUGCAGAAAGGAGGUUAUAAUGAAUUUAAUGAAUGCUUGUCAACUACCCAGAGCAAAAUAUUUCAGUGUAAAGCAAGUGUCAAAGUUGUUAGUAAAUUUUCAAAUUCAAACAAACGUAAGACAAGACAUACUGGAGAGAAACACUUUAAAGAAUGUGGCAAAUCAUUUCAGAAGUUUUCACACCUAACUCAACAUAAGGUAAUUCAUGCUGGAGAGAAACCCUACACUUGUGAAGAAUGUGGCAAAGCCUUUAAAUGGUCUUUAAUAUUUAAUGAACAUAAGAGAAUUCAUACUGGAGAGAAACCUUUUACUUGUGAAGAAUGUGGCAGCAUCUUUACCACAUCCUCACACUUUGCUAAGCAUAAAAUAAUUCAUACUGGAGAGAAACCCUAUAAAUGUGAAGAAUGUGGCAAAGCCUUUAAUAGGUUCACAACCCUUACUAAACAUAAGAGAAUUCAUGCUGGAGAGAAACCCAUCACAUGUGAAGAAUGUAGGAAAAUCUUUACCUCAUCCUCAAACUUUGCCAAACAUAAGCGAAUUCAUACUGGAGAGAAACCCUACAAAUGUGAAGAAUGUGGCAAAGCCUUUAAUAGGUCCACAACCCUUACUAAACAUAAGAGAAUUCAUACUGGAGAGAAACCCUACACAUGUGAAGAAUGUGGCAAAGCUUUUAGACAGUCCUCAAAACUGAAUGAACAUAAGAAAGUUCAUACUGGAGAGCGGCCUUACAAAUGUGAUGAAUGUGGCAAAGCCUUUGGACGGUCCAGGGUCCUGAAUGAACAUAAAAAAAUUCAUACUGGAGAGAAACCCUACAAAUGUGAAGAAUGUGGCAAAGCCUUUAGACGGUCCACAGAUCGGAGUCAACAUAAGAAAAUUCAUAGUGCAGAUAAACCCUACAAAUGUAAAGAAUGUGACAAAGCCUUUAAACAAUUUUCGCUCCUGAGUCAACAUAAGAAAAUUCAUACUGUAGAUAAACCCUACAAAUGUAAAGAUUGUGACAAAGCCUUUAAACGGUUCUCACACCUGAAUAAACAUAAGAAAAUUCAUACUUGAGAGAAAUCCUACAAAUUUAAAGAAUGUGGCAAACCUUUGGAUGAUCCACAAACCUUAAUGAACAUGAGAAAAUUUAUACUGUAGAGAAACCCUGGAAAUGUGAAGAACGUGGCAAAGUUCUUUACCUCAUUCUCAAACCUUGAUAAACAUAAGAGAAUUCAUACCGGAGAGAAACUGUACAAAUGUGAAGAAUGUGGCAAAGCCUGUGAAUGGUCCACAAACCUGAAGGAGCAGAAGAAAAUUAUUACUGGAGAUAAACCCUGCAAAUGUAAAGAAUGUAACACAACCUUUAAACAGCCCUCACCGAUGAAUAAACAUAAGAAAAAUCAUGCUGGAGGGAAGCCCUACACAUGUGGCAGAAUGUGGCAAAGCAUUUAAUUGGUCCUCAGUGCUUAAUAAAUAUAAUUCAUGCUGGAGAGAAACUUCACAUGUGAACAGUGUGGCAAAGCCUUUAAAUGGUCCUCAACCCUUAAUGAACGUAAGUGAAUUCAUGCUGGAGCAAAAUGCUUCACAUGUGAAGAAUGUGGCACAGUCUUUACCACAUCCUCAAACUUUGUUAAACAUAAGAGAAUUUAUACCAGAGAGAAACCCUACACAUGUAAAGAAUGUGGCAAAGCCAUUAAUAGGUUCUCAACCCUUGCUGUACACAAGAUAAUUCAUUCUGGGGAAAAAAAUGCUACAAACGUGAAAAACGUGGCAGAGCCUUCAGACCAUCCACAAACCUUUAUGAAAAUUCAUAUUUGAGCGUAGAAGAUUCAUUCCACAAACUUACAUUGAGAAGAUAUGAAAGAUGAAUAUAAGAAAAUUCAUCCUAGAUAUAAAACCAUAGAAAUGUAAAGGAUGUGACAAAAGCUUUAAGCCAUACUCCAGGCUUCUUAAACAUAUGAGAACUCAUACUGGAGGAAAGUCUUACAAAUGUGAAGAAUGUGGCAGUUUUAAAAUCUUCCUCAGUCUUUUCUAAUCAUAAGAUAAUUCACACUGAAGAGAAACUGCAAACGUGAAAAGUGUGACAAAGCUUGCAACCACACUCAAUCUAUUCUAAAUAUAAGAGAAAUGAUAUUGGUGAGAAGCCACAAAAAUAUGAAAAAUGUGGCAAAGCCUUCAAAUGCUUGUCACAUCUUACUGUAUAUAUAUAAUUCCUACUGAAGAAAUCCCUGGAAAUGCAAAAAAUGUGGCAGAAUUUUUACCAAUGCUCAUCUUUUUGCACAUGAUAUCCUUUAUAUUCGAGAAAAGUUGUAGAAAUAUAAAAAAUAUAGAAAAGUCAUAUCACAUUUUACUAACUAGCAAUGUUCAUACUUAAUGAAAACAUUAUAAAUGUAAUUUCUGUUGAAAGACUUCAGAAAAUAUAGGCCUUUAAAGUGAAGAAGAAUAUUCUUAAGACAAACAAUACAAAUAUAAAGAGGGUUGUAGUACCUGUACUUCUCUCAUGGAUUUUGUUGUACACAUUUUAUAAUAGGGGAAAACACUGAAGGAGACUUUCUUGAACAUCAGAAAAUUUAUAUUGGAGAGAAAUCCUACAAAUGUAAUAAAUGUGGAAAAACAUUUGUUCAAAAACUGCAGCUUAAAAAACAGUUUACACUAGAAAAUAUUUUGUAGAUGCAGUAAAUGUGAAGAAAUAUUUAGUCUAAAAAGAAGAGUAUGUAAACAUCAGAGGAUUUACAGUAGAAAUAACUAAGGAACUAACACUUCAGACACUGCAGUAAAUCAGAGUAUUAAGUAUAAAAAAAUCCAAAGUUGAACCUAUUAGAGAAUUUCUUUGUAUAUAAGUUGAAAAGAAGAUUUUUGAAGAGAUACUACAUUUAAAGUAUAUUUUUUCACUUGAAAAAAUUAUAGAUUUUUUGAAAAGCAUAUAAUAGUUAAUUCAACUCAAAUUAUUUCAUACUGUUUCAACAUUCCUGUUUAUGUGAAAGCAUGUGAUGAAUUGUUGCUGCAUCAGAGAUAAGAGAGAUUCUUUUUCAUUAGGUGGGCAUUAUUCAUGAAUUUUUACAAGAAAGAGUGAGGACAGAAAUGAAAGAUCCAUGAUGAAAAUCUAGCAGAGAGGCUUUUUUGUAGUUGACAAUAUUGAGUGAUGCUUGAGGUAGGUGUUCAGAGUAAUAUUCUUCUGCAUUAUAGUGAGAGAAAAUCUGUUUUAGUAAAUUGUUUUACCAAUUAUACAUUUAUGUAAUAAAAUACAGUAAAUUUUAAAAUUAUUUUAAGAUCAUGUGGGAACAUAAUUUUUUAACUAAACAAAAUUUUUAAUGUGUUGAAAUAAUUGUUGCUUGAAUGAAGUGUCAUUAUGCCACCAACUUAAACCUAUCCCACCUUACUCAAUGGUGUAGGUAAAAGAUGGUAACAAUGUUAACAUAGUUGAAUGACAUUUUUAGUAUUCUCUUUUUCCAGUGGCUUUAAAUAGCAAAUACAUUGAAGAAUAUCAUUCCCAUAUGUUGCAUUUUCACUCUUGUUAUUUUCCGAAAUUUUUGUGGGUACAUAGUAUGCAUAUUUAUCUAUGGCGUAUAUGGGUUAUUUUCUUAUACAGGCAUACAACAUGUAAUAUACCAGAGUAAAUGAGUUAUUCAUCACCUCAAGCAUUCAUCCUUUGUAUUACACACAAUCCAAUUAUACACUUUAAUUAUUUCUAAAUGUACAAUUAUGAUUGUAGUAUUAUAUCAGUAUAAUUAUAAUUCAUACAUUUAUGCAUCCUGAAUACUUUUAAAAAAUGUUUUACAUUUAUCUUUGAACAUGUGGCAUCUUUUCCUGCAAACUUAUACAAACUUUAGUUUCAUUUACAUGAAGUUAAGUAUGUAAAUGUGUUGCUGUAAAGAUAAACCUUAGGUGUAAGAAAAUUAUAGAGCAAGCAAUUGUGUUUAUGUGAGUUUGUACCUAUUUUCCAAAGAAAAUAGCAAUAUUAGAACAAAGAAGAUUAUGUUAAUACCAUGGAUAAUUUACUGGAAAUCUAGAAGCCUGAAACAUUCUAUAUUUUCCUCUUUUUAUUUAAUUACUCUAAAAUCUAAUGGAUUGUUGUUGAGAAUCUCCCCAUACAAACUGCUUGUUUUUAUUUGUCUGGUGCUCAUGCUAGAGCUAUAAUUUCUUUGAUUCUCUUUUUUGUUUUCACUUCAUGAAGUGUUUAUUAUGUGAGCUGGUCAGAAAUUAUAAGAAUGAUUUUUAUAAAAUGUAGCGAAUGUAAAAUUUUUAGAUGUAAUUUCAUAAUAUACGUAUUAAGUUAUUUUAGUUGGAACAUUUCAUUUUGUUGUUUUAAUUUAAGAACCCUAUAUAAACUGUUUUCUUUAGUUAUUGUUCCUUUCGGUUUUUAUAAUUGACAUAAAUGAGUUUAUUUUGCCAAUUUGUUCAGGUAAGUACUUGGAAAACUUUGUCAGUCAUGGGGAUGUUUUGAUCUAUUAUUGUAGUGAACAAACAAAGUUCUGGUUGUGUAAUAGAUGCUUCAUAAUUAGCCAUAAAUAUUCCUGGAGUUAGUUUGUAGCUCCAAGUAAGAGAUUGAAAAUAAUCUGUGGUGAACAAAUGGCAUUAAUUGUGCAUGUAGAGAGGACGUCUGUUCUCAGGCUGCAGAACCAACUCAUUAUGAAUGUAAAGAGGAUUUCUUUUCUUAUUUUCUAAUUAUCUUCAGUUUUGUGAUAUCUUUAUGAUUUAUCCCCAGCUAUGUAUGCCUCAGAGCCUUUCUUCAUUUUUGCGUUAUGGCUAGUUUGUCACUGUUCUCUUCAUUCCACGUAAUUUCGCAUGGACUUUAGGUUCUGAUGAUAAGUUUCAAGUUUUUUACUGUGGUAAAUUGUUUUUAACUGGGGUGUUUGAGGUUAUUUAUAGGUUAUCAGUGCAACAUUUAGAUCACUUAAUUGAGAUAAGAGUAAUUCACUAUCAACAGGUGAGAGGAUUAAGUCAGUUGGCAUUGUUUUUCUGUGUUUGUAAAAGAAAAAUUGUAUGAGAUUCUAUCACAAAGUGUGUAAAAUGUAACAAAAGUUAGAAUAAGUAAAGCAUUAAUAUAAGUGGGUUGUAUAUUGUACCACCAUAUGAAGAAACAUCACAAUUUUGAAAUUUCUUAAGAGGAAAUAUAUCUUAGAAAUAAAAUUUUUAGGCCAGGUGGCGGUGGUUCACACCUGUAAUCCCAGCACUGUGGGAGGCCCAGAUGGGUGGGUCAUGAGGUCAAGAGAGCAAGAUCAUCCUGGCAAACAUGGUGAAACCCCAUCUCUACUAAAAAUACAAAAAUUAGCAGGGCGUGGUGGCAUGUGCCUGUAGUCCCAGCUACUCAGGAAGCUGAGGCAGGAGAAUCGCUUGAACCCAGGAUGCAGAGGUUGCAGUGAGCUGAUGUUGCGCCACUGCAGUGCAGCCUGCCAACAGAGUAAGACUCCGUCUCAACAACAACAACAACAAAAAAGAAGAAAAUUUUUAGGAGACAAUGGUAAGUGAACAAUUUUACAUUUAAUUUUCUGUGACAUAGCAAAACAUUUUUCCAUACAAAAUCUUCUAUUUAUUUAUUUAUUUUAGAUGGAGCCCCACUCUGUCACCAGGCUGGAGUGCAGUGGUGCAAUCUCAGCUCACUGCAACCUCCGCCUCCCAGGUUCAAGUGAUUCUCCUGCCUCAGCCUCCUGAGUUAACUGGGACUACAAUCGCCUGCCACCACGCCCAGUUAAUUUUUAUAUUUUUAGUAGAGAUGGGGUUUCACCAUGUUGGCCAGGAUGGUCUCGAUCUUUUGACCUCAUGAUCUGCCUGCCUUGGCCUCCUAAAGUACUGGGAUUACAGGUAUGAGCCACCGUGCCUGGCCAGAAUAUUAUAUCUUUGAGUGUGAGUGUUAAAUAGUGGAAAAACAAUAGAAUGAUCUCUGUAGAUUCAAAAUCUGCACUGAUCUUUUUUGUCCAGAUUCAUAUUACAAUCUUGAGGAAUUUCUCAUAAUUUUUUGUUUUAGUGGAUGCAUUUCAUGGGCUACAGUUUUCAUUUUUACUCACCUAACUUUAUCCAAGUCCUUGGUCACCUUCUCUGGAAAAAAUUUGAAGAUUAUGGCAGCUGUUGAAUUCAAACAGUUUCUCAGUGAUUUUUUUUUUUUUUUUUGAGAUGGAGUCUUGCUCUGUCGCCCAGGCUGGAGUGCAGUGGCACAAUCUCAGCUCAUUGCAACCUCCACCUCCCGGGUUCAAGAAAUUCUCUUGCCUCAGCGUCCCGAGUAGCUGGGAUUACAGGUGCCCACCACCACACCCAGCUAAUUUUUGUAUUUUUGAUAGAGAUGGGGUUUCACUCUGUUGGCCAGCUGGUCUCGAGCUCCUGUCCUCGUGAUCCAUGCACGUCAGCCUCCCAAAGUGCUGGGAUUACCGGUGUGAGCCACUGUGCCCAGCCUCUCAGUGAUUUUUGAUGCAAAUUCAUUUACUGUGUUCACGAAGUGGCCAAUUUUGGGACCUUUAGCAUCACUUGCCCUUUUAGUGUCUUACAUAUGUAUGAUUACCAUCAGCACUAGAAAUUCCAGGUACUUCAAGCUUAAAAGUGAGAGCUCUAGAGUGUAUUGUCUUGUAUUAUAUAUUGUUCUGGGUCUAAGCCAUGCUAGUAAAUAUUAGAGUUCCUAUGAUUAUUUUCUUCUUUAUUUUAUUUUUGAGACGGAGUCUCGCUCUGUCGCCAAGCUGGAGUGCAGUGGUGCGAUCUCAGCUCACUGCAACCUCCGCCUCUCAGGUUCAGGCGAUUCUCCUGCCUCAGCCUCCUUAUUAGCUGGGAUUACAGGUGUGCACCACCAUGCCUGGCUAAUUUUUAUAUUGUUAGUAGAGAUGGGGUUUGACUAUGAUGGCCAGGCUGGUCUCAAACUCCUGAGCUUGUGAUCCUGCCACCUCGGCCUCCCAAAGUCCUGGAAUUACAGGCGUGAGCCACUGCGCCCAGCCUCUAUGGUUAUUAUAUUACAAAAACAGCACAAAAACUAUAUAUUUUUUAUAAUACUCAAGUUGUUUGACAAAGAUACUCAUCAUUUGCAACAUUAUUCUGUAAUUUUUAAAAUAUAUUUGUUAAUUGACAGAUAAAAUAUCCUGUAGAACAUGGUGUUUUGUAGUAUAUAUACGUUGUCAAAAGCUUAAUUCUAGCUGCUUAACAAAUACUUCACCACACAUAAUUACUUUUGGGAUAAGAGCUCAUAACAUUGACUGUGUUAGCAUUUUCCAAAAAUACAUUAUUGUUAACUGUAGUCACCAUGCUGUACAAUAGAUUUCUUGAAUUUAUUCCUCCUAGGCAACUAUGUGUUAUUUUAUAGACAUGUCUCCAGAUGCCCCUUUCUUGUAAAUACCCAAGCAUCUGGUAACCAGCAUUCUACUCUCUGGCUUAUUUCACUUAGCAUAGUGUCUUCCAGAUUUAUCCACAUUGUUUCAAAUGAAAAGAUUUCCUCCCUUUUAACGUUGAAUUGUAUUUCCUUGUGUAUACCACAUUUUUGGAAAAAUACAUUAAUUUCUUGGUUGAAAAACUCACAUGAUGAGAAGAUAUUUCUGUAUUAAAGCAUGUAUUGGAAUUCAGUAUAUACAUAUUUUAGUAAUAGUUGAUUUCUACCAAAUGCUAACCAUAAUACUGUAUAUGUGUUAAUAAAUUUUAUUUUCAGCCAGGUGUGGUGGCUCACACCUGUAAUCCCAGCACUUUGGGAGCCCAAGGCAGGUGGAUCAUGAGGUCAGGAGUUUGAGACCAGCCUGGCCAACAUGGUGAAACCCCGUCUCUACUAAAAAUAUAAAAAUUAGCUGGGUGUGGUGUCAGGUGCCUGUAAUCCCAGCUACUCAAGAGGUUGAGGCAGGAGAAUCACUUGAACCUGGGAGGUGGAGAUUGCAGUGAGCCGAGAUCACGCCAUUGCACUCCAGCCUGGGUGACAAGAGCAAAACUCCAUCCCCCCCGCCCCCCAAAAAAUUAAUUUUCACAGAAGAUUAAUAGCAUAGGUAUUAUCCUCAUUUUACAGAGAAAGAAACAGCCAUAGAGAAAAAUGACUUGCUCACAACACAGGCAACUUUGACUCUAGAGAUAACACUUAUUACAGUAAAAUCCCUCUUCAGACAGAAAAUACAUGAUUAUCUUAAACAUUCUUAAUAAAAAUUUAACAAAAAUUGUUAAAUGUUGUCAUAUAUGUGUGUGCAAAACGUAUAAAAUAUACAGAAAAGAGAAAUACUUCCUGUAUUUAAACCAUAUAAACUCUAGAAUUGCCCUUCGAUACUGACGUACUUGGGAACAGCUUUCCUUUCAACUGUCCUUCACCACCCUUUUAGCAAUUCAGAAUAUUUAUAGCAUAAUUUUUACCUAUACAUGUAGUCAGUAAAUGCUGUAAUGUAAUUAAAUAUUAUUUACUGCAAACUCACAUAGUACAUUAUGACUUUAUUACUGUUAUAAAUACAAAUUUAUUUGUUGAGUUAAAUAUUUCACUCUAUUAGUUUAGUUUCCUUUGUGCCUAUUUCUCAGUUUUGCCUAAAUGCUACCAAUUAUCUUACACUGGCUCCCCAAAUAGGUUUUUAUUUGUUUAUAAAACUUUAAAUUUAUCUCUAGGAACCUCAGCCGAGCAGUCAGAACUCACAGCUCUGACCAAACCCCUAGAACUAAGAAAGAACCAAAAAUUUACUAUUUAAUACAGACUUCAAAUGUGCUUUUUUUUUUUUUUUUUUUUUUUUUUUUGAGACGUUGUCUUGCUAUGUCGCCCAGGCUGGAGUGCAGUGGCGCAAUCUUGGCUCACUGCAACCUCCGCCUCCUGGGUUCACACAAUUUGCCUGCUUCAGCCUCCUGAGUAGCUGGGACUAACAGGUGCGCUCCACCACGCCUGAAAAAUUUUUGUGUUUUUAGUAGAGAUGGGGUUUCACCAUGUUGGCCAGGCUGGUCUCAAACUCCUGACCUUAAGUGAUCCACCCAGUCAGCCUCCCAAAGUGCUGGGAUUACAGGCGUGAGCCACCAUGCCCUCAAAUAUGCUUUGUUAGUACUCCACGUUUAUGCAGCCAUCUGGAAAGAAAGGAGACUUUUGACAACAGAGAAUACCCCUAUUAAAUACGGGUCACAGAUUUUUACCCUAGUCCAGCCUAUCCACCUACCACAGAAAGUAGCUGUAGUUCAUUGCUGGGGCCACCAGAAGGGUCAAGAUGAAAUUGCUCAGAGAAACAGGAGGGCUGACCAAGCAGCUAGGGCCACCACCAUCUCUGGGAACUUUUUGUUUUUUUUUUUUGAGACGGAGUCUCACUCUCGCCCAGGCUCUGGAGUGCAGUGGCUCGAUCUCAGCUCACUGCAAGCUCCACCUUCCAGGUUCAUGCCAUUCUCCUGCCUCAGCCUCCCGAGUAGCUGGGACUACAGGCACCUGCUACCGUGCCCGGCUAAUUUUUUGUAUUUUUAGUAGAGACGGGGUUUCACCAUGUUAGCCAGCAUGGUCUUGAUUUCCUGACCUCGUGAUCCGCCUGCCUCGGCCUACCAAAGUGCUGGGAUUACAGGCAUGAGCCACCACGCCCGGCCUUAGUUGUGUGUGAUUUCUAUGUGUGCUCUAGGCACUUGCCCUAUAGCUGCUCCUAAAUGUGGAGUCUUAGAAAACUUCUUGUCUCUUCAAAGCAUACUCUGCUGGUUGGCUAAAUUGCACUGGGAAAAAAUAGCAGCAGCCCUAUUGCUAUGUCACUUGCCUGCAGAGCAAAAGUUGAUUCAGGAACAGUAAUUUGACUUUGUCUAUAUUAAAAAUCAUAAAUAGUCAACAAAUACAAAAAAUACAAAGAAUUUUUAGGUAUGAUUAGUGCAUUAUAGGUGUUUUCAAAUUUCUCCUAUGAUAAAUUAAAAAUGUAAUGUUGGGCAUUAAUUUCCUAAACCCAAUGCCCAGCAAUUUUCUCAAAUUGUUUACAGUUUUUCCAAGAGACUUCAGAACCAUUCCCUGGAGUGAAUUAUUUCCAAUGGUGAAGAGUAAUGGAUGGAUGGCAUGAGAUUCUCAAAAAAAUCUUGCUCCUAUUUCAGAAGUGUCACUCCAGCCCCUUGAAAGUCCAGGAAACCUGGCUGAGUAGUGUGGUCUAUGGAGGUGCAUGGGCUUCAGAAUCAGGCCAACGUUGAUCCUGAGUCCCAGCCAGCUGCUUGGUAGCUGUGGGAUAGUUAUACAAGAUACAUCUGCAAGAAAAGUCAUGAUAAAAUUGAUUGCAAAACAGCAAUUUGAAAAAUUUCUUAUUGUAUUCAUGUCCUUGGAAAUGGCUUUUAUAGUCGUUCCUAUCAAGGGACAGAUUCUGUUUCCCAAACCUUGAACCUCUCUUAUUUGCACUGGCCCAGUUUGGGGCCCAGGUUUAAAGGUCCUAAAUGUUUCUGUUAUCUUUUUCAGAAUUCUUCCAUCUCUAUGACAACAAGCCCAUUUUAGCUUUCUGGAGAACAAAGUAGCAUCUGAGAAAAGCCAAAGUGCCUCAGUUUACAGACAGCUCACUCCCAGAAGCAGAGCCACCUAAUUCACCGGCAUCUGACCACUCACACCUGAAGGAGCCAAACUGAGCCCAGAAGAAUGGCCUGGCUGAGCCCAGCCUAAAUUUCUAACCAGCUCAAUCCUGAGCUAGUAUGUUUCGGGAUUGUUAUGCAGUUAUAAGUUAGUAAUAUAUACACCCAUUAAAGACAGGAUCUCAGGACAGAUUGAUUACAAAUAACCUGCAAAUGCUUGGCACCCUGUAAGUAUUGAUUUUCUUUUUUCCUUUAUUUAAAGUUAGAUUUGUUGUAAGAUGAUAUUGAGUUACACAGAAGUGAGGCAGGAGAAUAGGGUCUGGAGGCAGGGAACUUAAGGCCAAUUCGUGCUGACUUCCUACAAGAAAAAACACCAAGGUCUGGGAGCAGGGAACUUAAGCCAGUUAACGUGAACUUCCUACAUCUAAACCAAAAGGAAAAACCUCAUCUACACCCGAGUAGCAAAGGAUCGAAGGCGACUGUCGCUACAACCCUCCCCCUUGUACCAGUUCUCUGAUAGAAAAGGAGAGUGCCUUGGAGUGGCCGUGGGCCAAGCACAGACCAUGCCUUCAUCUGCAUGGGGUACCAAUUCGCCUCAACCUUUGAUUAGCCAAGGACCAAAUCCUUCAUUCAGAUAAGGGGUAGCUGAUAGGAACCUCAAAAGGAGUACUUAAAACCCAGAAAACAUUGUAACGGAGUCCUUGGGCGGCUUGCUGGGGCUCACACUCACCCUGUGGAGUGCUUUCUCACUUUAAUAAAAUCUUGCUUUUGCUGUUC